AUGAUGGCUCAAUUUAUGAUGGAUUUAAAAACAGAACCACGCCUCAGCCCAUCGCUCUACUCACCCGCUUCCCCGAAACUGGCCGACCAAAACUGUCGGCCACAGUCGACCGAUUCCGGUGUGUUGGACCUCUCCAAGCGUCGUGACUCUUUGGAUACCCGCAAGACACCCUCCCCGGCGUACCAUUGCUUCAGCGAUGCCGGUGGUACUCCACCACCGAGCAACCACAGUUCCCCGCAAUGUGAACCCGUUGGCCAGACGGCAGAAAGCGCAAUCCUGCUUAACUACGGUGAACUGAUGCGCGCUCGUCGCUUGUCGCCAUCGAAGUCUCUGCUGCACUUUGACGAACUCGCGCGACCGGCGGCGCUCGUGACUGGCCCUUCCGCUUUCCAUCAUCAUCACCCUCACCACCAGCACCACCACCACCAACUCCACCAGGGAGGCAUGGCAAAGCCGGACACGGACAUUCUUCAGCAGCAUCUUCUCCAGCAAGUGCAACGAUCGCCGGCCAUUCCUUCGUACCUUCUUCCGGCGGCGGCCCUGCAGCAACAGCACCAUCACCUUCAGCAGCCACAGCAAACGCCACCAUCGGUUGUGUUUUCCCCGAGUCCCAUCCGGACCGGUCGGGAACUGGACGCACUUUCCGAGUCCGGCUCGGAGGGAACAUCGCUCGUCACGUCGAGUCAGCGCAAACCGAAGGACGAUGCAACGGAUGGGCAACAGCAGCAGCAACAAUAUCCGAUGGUUGUGGGAAGGGAUGGCAAACUGUCGCGCCCCUUCAAGGCAUACCCGCGCGAUCCGCUCAGCCUCGCGGCCGGGUUCGUCGCCAGCGACACCAUCCUCGACACGAACUCGACGGAAAAGUACAACCUCUUCCGGAAGCGGAUGCUCGAACAGAUCCACGCGGCCAACGGUGGCCAGCCGACGGUGUCGAACCCCAAAAUGCGCCGCCUGGCCAGCAACUCCAGCAAAGGUUUGGCCACGAUGAGCGAUGCUUCGUCGGAAUCGUGCGAUGAAAAGCCACCAUCGAAGGCGGCGGCGGAGCCCGCACCGAUUUCCAACAUGGCGUCGAUAAAGGGCAAAAAGCAACAGAACCUUACGUCAGUGUGCAACGCGAUGGCGCAACGAGCCGCGGCGAAGGCAGCCAAUCAGCGUCGCGAGGGGACGCCAUUGCAAAGUGAAACCCCGGCGUGCGACAGCGACAGCAGCCAUCAGAGCGACGGAGACAGCAAACAGAACGCGACCGACUCGUCCUCGUGCGAUGUCGUCACCGGAAGCGGCGAUGCCACCCUGCCUCACGAUAAAAAGUCCUCGACGGACAACGGCGCCCCUAAUGCACCAUCGUCUUCUGGCGGAAGCGGGUCGGUGAAAGACUCCGCCUACUACGAGCGGCGCAAGAAGAACAACGCGGCCGCCAAGAAAUCGCGCGAUCGGCGACGCAUCAAGGAGGACGAGAUCGCCAUCCGGGCCGCGUUUCUCGAGCGGGAAAACAUCGAGCUGAAGUUCGAGCUGGCGGCCGCCCGGAAGCAGUUGUCCCUUUAUGGCGUCGGGACGGCAUCGGUUGCCUCGUAA